AUGAUGAUGUCAGCCAUGAUUUGGAAAACUCAAAUGCCAAGGACCGUCUCGUUAGGUUCAGUGGUUAGAUGUGCCCCAUGUCUCCGGUUGGGUAGAGCCCUGGGAUCACUAAGAUUAUUCUCCAAAAUGGUUGAUGUGGGUUCCCGUAAUGAAAUUAAUACUGAUCGGAAUUUUGCCAAUACACGGUUUGCCAUCUCUCAACUGCUUAAUAAUAUUCAUACCAAAACAGAGAUUGAUCAAUAUUUGACUUAUUUCACAUCUGUGGCAAGACAACAAUUUGCCAUCAUUAAGAUUGAAAGUGAAUUAUUUGAUAACAAAUUGGACCAAAUCAUUUCAUGCUUAGCCAUGUUGUAUCAUGUGGGGCUAUUCCCCAUUGUUGUCCAUGGAACUUCUUAUCAAGUGGAUAGAGAAUUACAUUUUUUAAAUAAGAAUCCAAAUUAUAUUGAUGGAAUUAGAGUCACUGAUGAAGAAACUCUUCAAAUCGUGAAAGAUUGUUUCUUAGAACAGAAUAGAAAAUUGGUGGAUGGGUUAAAAGAAUUCGGUGUUAAUGCUGUUCCAAUGACUUCAGGAAUAUUUGAUUCGGAUUUCUUAAAUAAAUCCAAAUUUCAAAUGGUGGGGCAAAUUACAAAUAUUAAGAAAAAUAUCAUUGAAGAUUGUUUGAAUUCUAAUUCCAUGCCUAUUCUAACUUCAUUGGGUACAGGUCCAUUGGGACAGCUAUUAAAUAUUAAUUCAGACCAUGCAGUAGCUGAAUUGACAAAAGUUUUCCAACCUUUGAAAGUGUUAUGUUUAAAUGAAACUGGUGGGUUCUAUGAUGGUGAAACUGGUAAGAGAGUUUCUAUGAUUAAUUUGGAAAAAGAUUUUGAUCGUUUAAUUAAUGGUGAUUCCUUACAUUAUUCUACAAAAUUGAAACUAAAGGAAAUUAAGGAAUUAUUGGAUUACUUGCCAAAAUCAAGUAGUGUUACCAUUGUUAGAAUUGAUGAUUUUGCCAAUGGUCUCUUUACAGGUUCAGGUGUUGGGACCACCAUUAAAAAAGGUUAUCAAUUGAAAAAAAAAUAUACUGUUUCAGAAUUCUCAGAUUUGAAGAAAUUACGCCAUAUCCUCAUUAAAGAUCCAAAGAUUAGAUGUGGUAAAGAAAACGUCUCUUGUUAUUUACGUGAAUUGGAAAACACUGAUUUUACAGCUUAUUAUGAUGAUCCACAUGAUGUGUUUGCUGUAGUGCGUAAUGAACCAAAUAGUAUCCCCAAGAUUGAUAAACUAUUAUGCACAAGAUCAGGUUGGUUUAAUAAUAUCCCAGAACAUGUUUUCCAAGCCAUCUUGGAUGAUUACCCCAAAGUUCAAUGGAUCGCAAGUGACAAAGAUGAGAACAUCCAUUGGCACUUUGAAAAGAGUGAAGGUUCUUACGCCAAAGACGGCCAAGUGUUGUUUUGGCGUGGAAUCUCAGAUUUACCAGAUAUUUCAAAAUUAAUUGAAAGUUUCCAUCAACAAAAUUUAUAA